AUGAUUAAGCUUAAUUCUGGUCAAAAAGAUGAACCAAGUAAAAAGUAUUUAAAUUAUAGUAAACGUCUGCGUCAUUUAAUUACGCAUCCACAUCCAACAUUACUACAACAAUUACAUGGACUUCCCAGUGAAAAAAAAGAGUAUGAUUCCGCAAGUUCCUGCGGGAAAAGUGAAACAUUUUCACGCGGGAAGUGAAAGUCUUCUGCAGGAAAAGAAGCACUUUUCCCGCCGCAUUCUGCAGGAAUCUUUCGAAAAUCUGAAGAACUCCGUUCUUUUCUUAGGAAAAAUUUCCGCCCAGUUUAAGACAUUUCCGACGAAAAAUCUCGGCAGAAUUCUUCUCUCUUCCCGAUGUAGAAGAAUUCUGCAGAAAUUUUUCGUCGUAAAUGUCUUAAACUCGGCGGAAAUUUUUGCGCAAAAUUCUGCGGAAACAUUUUCUGCAAAAAAAAGAUUUUCACCGUUGUCUCGCUUUUCAUCUCAUCUCUCAUCAUUCCGCUAUCCACUUUUCUCAUCUUAUGUAUCGUAGUCAGCCUCACUCUACUUAGUUUUCCUGCAGAAGACUUACUUUUUCCGCACAGUAUUAUGCGCGG